CUUCGUGUGUAGCCCACAAUUUUAGCCCAAAUCCUUUAUAGAUCUUUCAGUUAAAUGUGUAUUUUAUGAACUGGAUUUUGUCUUCCAUCUCGGUCCAACUGGAUAUUGUCUUUAGAUCGGACUUUCAUCACUAUGCAAAUAAUGCACCCUAUUUGAUUAUGAAUUAGAAGAUACCCCUGGCGCUUACCUGACUGGUCACAUGUUAACGCUUUAUCAAAGAGAAAUUUUACAUUUUGAACACACUAACAUUCCUCAUGAUUGAGCUGUCUAAACUCUUUUAAAUUCUGGCUACUGUGAUUUUAAAGGAUCGCACAACUUCAGAAGUCAACCUGUCGGACCAGUUUGUCAAGUUUUCAUGUCAAGGUAGCCAUUACGCAGGUAAAGGGAGUGAACAAAACCAAACAGCUCUUUGUAACAGGGAAGUGAGCUAGUAUGGUUUAGAUCGUGGGAAUCGAGAGAAGAGCAAACAUUUAAAGUGAAGGAAGAAUAUCUGGAACUAAGGAAAACUGACUGCCUGACCUCACCAUGAGUCGCAGGCGGGCAGACUCCCAGGGUUCCCUGGGGCCUGACGAUGAGGUCAUGCCCUACAGUGAUGAUGAGACGGAUGAUGAACUGGAGCCCGAACUGGAGCCUGAGGAGGAAGUUGCCGCCCCUCCCGAGGUGGAACCCAGGCCUGCUGAGGCCGGCUGGAGGGUGAAAGCCAAUGACCGGGACUUCUGUAAGCUCCCUGAAUUUCAGAAGAAGAAGUUCUUGUGCAUCAAGAAGAGCAAAUAUUCUGGGAACGGAAUCAGGACGUAUAAGUACAACGCAUUUACGUUCAUACCCCUGAAUUUGCUUGAGCAGUUCAAACGAGCAGCGAAUCUCUACUUUCUGGCUUUGCUUGUCCUACAGAUUAUUCCUGAAAUCAGCACGUUGCCUUGGUACACCACUUUGGUGCCUCUAGUUCUGGUGUUGGGAAUCACGGCCAUUAAAGAUCUCGUGGAUGACCUGGCACGCCAUAGGAUGGACAAAGAGAUUAACAACAGAAGGUGUGAGGUCCUUCUCGAUGGCAGAUUCCAGGAGUCAAAAUGGAUGAACAUCUCUGUUGGAGACGUGGUUCGUUUGAAGAAGAAUGACUUCAUUCCUGCUGACAUUCUGUUGCUGUCCAGCUCAAAUCCCAACAGUCUUUGUUAUGUAGAAACCGCUGAGCUUGAUGGGGAAACCAAUCUGAAGUUCAAAAUGGGCCUGAAAGUGUCUCAUGAGACCCUUCAGCAGGAAGCCCAGCUGACACGUUUUGACGCUAUGAUCAUUUGCGAGGAACCGAACAACCGCCUGGACAAGUUCACAGGCACCAUGAGGUGGAAGGAGGACGCCUACCCGCUGGACCUGGACAACAUGCUGCUGAGGGGCUGCAAGGUUCGCAACACGGAUGAGUGCCGUGGCCUCGUCAUCUUCGCAGGUGCCGAUACCAAAAUCAUGAGGAACGGUGGCAAGACCAGAUUUAAGAGGACUAAAAUUGAUGAGUUGAUGAACUACAUGGUUUACACGAUCUUCGUUGUCCUCAUCCUGGUUUCUGCUGGCCUUGCAAUCGGACACACGUUCUGGUAUGAGGAGUUUGGCAGCAAGGCGUGGUACCUGUUUGAUGGGAAAGAUCAGACCGCCUCCUACAGAGGCUUUCUCAGCUUCUGGGGUUACAUCAUUGUGCUCAACACGAUGGUGCCCAUCUCCCUCUACGUCAGUGUGGAGGUGAUUCGACUGGGUCAGAGCAAGUUCAUUAACUGGGACUUGCAGAUGUACUACGGCGAUAAAGACACCCCGGCCAAGGCCCGCACCACCACCCUGAACGAGCAGCUCGGUCAGAUCGAGUACAUCUUCUCUGACAAGACCGGCACCCUCACGCAGAACAUCAUGGCCUUCAAGAAAUGCAACGUUGGUGGCAAUACCUAUGGUAACCCCACAAAUGCAGAUGGUGUAACACUGGACAAAUCACGGCCGGUGGACUUUAGCUGGAACAAGCAUGCGGACAAGAAGUUCCAGUGCUUUGACCACUCCCUGGUCACCCGCAUCCGCUCUGGAAAAGACUCAGAGAUGCUGGAGUUCUUCAAGCUGCUGUCUCUGUGCCACACCGUCAUGGUGGAGCACAAGGACGAUGAGCUGGUGUACCAGGCCGCGUCCCCAGACGAGGGUGCGCUGGUCACCGCCGCCCGAAACUUUGGCUUCGUCUUCCUGUCUCGCACCCAGGACACCAUCACCAUCAGUGAGAUGGGCACGGAGACGACGUACGAGAUGCUGGCUCUGCUGGACUUCAACAGCGACCGCAAACGCAUGUCCAUCAUCCUGAAAUUCCCGGACGGACGAAUCCGGCUGUACUGCAAGGGGGCAGACACGGUCAUCUAUGAGCGUCUGCACCCCGGAUCCCAGCACAAGGAGACCACUCAGACCGCGCUCGACAUUUUUGCCAACGAGACCCUGCGGACCCUCUGCCUGUGCUACAAAGACAUCAGCCAGCGGGAGUUUGAGGACUGGUCCACGAAGCAUAAGGCUGCUAGCAUCACCCUGGGCGACCGGGAGGCUGCACUGGACCGGGUGUACGAGAUGAUCGAGGGCAACCUGAUGCUGAUUGGUGCAACGGCUAUUGAGGACAAGCUCCAGGAAGGGGUUCCAGAGACUAUUGCGAAACUGGCCAAGGCUGACAUCAAAAUUUGGGUUUUGACCGGCGAUAAGAAAGAAACUGCUGAAAACAUUGGGUACUCGUGCGAACUUCUGACGGAUGACAUGCACAUCCACUACGGAGAGGAUGUGAAUGAGAAGCUGGGAAUGCGGCAAGCUAACCGAAGGAACCAGGGGCCAUUGACACGCCGAAACAAGAAGGCUCAGGAUCCCUUCUUCACUGAACCUGGAAAGAACGCCCUCAUCAUCACCGGUGGUUGGCUGAACGAGAUCCUGUACGAGAAGAAGAAGAAGCGGCGUCGCUUGAAGCUGAAGAGGCUGGGGAAGAAGCACACCCCCCCGCAGGACGGCCAGCCCAUCGACGAAUGGGAGAAGGAGCAGCGGCAGAUCGAUUUCGUGGACAUGGCCUGCGAGUGCAGUGCCGUCAUCUGCUGCCGCGUCACGCCCAAGCAGAAGGCCAACGUCGUCAGCCUGGUCAAGAAGUACAAGAAGGCCAUCACCUUGUCCAUCGGGGACGGGGCCAACGACGUCAACAUGAUCAAGACGGCAGACAUCGGGGUGGGCAUCAGCGGUCAGGAGGGCAUGCAGGCGGUUAUGUCCAGCGACUACGCUUUCGCCCAGUUCCGCUACCUGCAGCGCCUCCUGCUGGUGCACGGCCGCUGGUCUUACAUCCGCAUGUGCAAGUUCCUCCGAUUCUUCUUCUACAAGAACUUCGCCUUCACCCUGGUGCACUUCUGGUACUCCUUCUUCAGCGGAUACUCCUCACAGGUGGCGUAUGAAGACUGGUUCAUUACUCUGUACAAUGUCUUUUACAGCAGUCUUCCUGUCCUUCUGGUUGGCUUGUUAGAUCAGGACGUAAACGACAAACUAAGUCUGCGCUUCCCCAAGCUCUACCUACCCGGCCAGCAGGGGUCGCUAUUCAAUUACAAGAACUUCUUCAUCAGCCUGUUCCACGGCAUCUUCACGUCCCUCAUCAUCUUCUUCAUCCCGUACGGAGCCUUCCUGCAGACGAUGGGGCAGGACGGGGAGGCUCCGUCCGACUACCAGUCUUUCGCCGUGGUGACCGCCUCCUCCCUCAUCUUCACCGUCAACCUGCAGAUCUCUCUGGACACCUCCUACUGGACCUUUGUGAACUGCUUCGCAGUCUUGGGCAGCAUAGCGAUAUACUACGGAAUCAUGUUCGACCUCCACAGUGCAGGGAUCCAUGUGAUCUGGCCCUCAGCCUUCACCUUCACUGGUGUGGCCUCCAACGCCCUGCGGCAGCCCUACCUGUGGCUCACCAUCAUCCUGACCGUGGGCAUCAGCCUGCUGCCCGUCAUCUGCAUCCAGUUCCUCCAUAAGACAAUAUGGCCGUCUGAGGGGGACAAGGUCCAGAGGCAAAGGAAGAGGUACGAGGCUGAAGAGGAGGAGAAGAAGAAACCUCCGCCCUUCCGCAGAGGUCAAAGGUCGCGGCGCUCCACCUACGCCUUCUCCCACUCCCGCGGCUACGCCGACCUCAUCUCGUCCGGCCGCAGCAUCCGCCGGAGACCGCAGGUGCGGCGGGAGAUUCCCAGCAGCAUUCCCGAAAUCCAGCAGGCCGAGAACAGCUGAGGGCCGCUCAGUGUCUCCCUGUCUGUCCAGACUGUCAAAGCUCAACUGCGCACCAGGGACCAGGACACAUUUUAAAAGAUUUAUCUAUGAAAUACAACAUUGUACUUCUCAGGAUUAUUACUGUAACACCACCUCCUUGACGUUUGAAAUGCUUGUCUUUAAGGACUCACUUGCUGUAUAGCUGAGCCUGAUGUUAUGCCUGAUCUAACUAUAUGAUCUCCUGUUUCUGGUUACUGGUUACAGUGUAUUUUCAUACCACAAUGAAAGGGGCAGCCGCGGGAGUUGGUAUUUUAAAAAGGGUUGUUGUAAUUUAAUAUAUUGUUUAUUGAUGCUCGAUGGAGAGGCUGCAUGAGAGGUAUCCUGGGGUGGAUUUCCAUGGGUCUUAGUGGCUCUGCCGUUAAAGUGCUGAAGCUGAUCAGUGUCACCUCUUUUUCUUUUUGCACCGUUUGCUUUCUGCCUGUCCGUUUACCAGGGUAGGUUUUCUGUAUACAUGAUUUAAAAACUGAAAUGCAAUUUAAAAAUGCCUUUUUGUUAACUUUUAAUAUUGUAGGGCCUUGCCAUCUUGGAUUCUUCAGCCAAACUCCAAGGUUUAGAAGACUUACAGUAACAGUAGUUAAUCACAAAGCCAAUCACAUGCUUGUAAUGGAUUAAUUUGGCAGAAUACCUGGCAAUGAAGUGUGCCUUGCUAUAACUGAAGUGGUUUCUCUGCAAUCCUUAAAAUGAGUUUUCUAUCAGCACUUUUAUUUCUGUUUUAGAGGCUCAGUUUAACAUCGAUCUAGAAUAAAUAACCUGUGGACAAUCUGUUUAGCCAUUGCUCAGAGCUCAUUCAGUUUUGAGAAAUGGCCAUAGUGAUGUAAAAUACUACUCACUGGCAAAAUGAGGGGUGAAACUGCUGUUACAUUAAAACUGCCAUCAUUUCUUAGUACUGUUCAUACCCAAAGAUUAUAUUUGCAACUACCUUGUAAUUGGUUGAACAUUUUUUAAAUGCCAUUUUUUUUCUUUUGUUUUUGUCAGGCUGGAAACGCCCUUAGACCGUGUGUUCCCACUUUUCUGAGACUUAAACAUUACUUUUUACAAUCAACAUGUUUAUAACAUGUUUUUAGAAUUGUUAUGGAAUAUACUUUGAAAAGAUGAUAAUAAAUAAAGGAGAGGAAUGAUAA